AAACGAUGACAGCGCACAAUCUCCACUUGUGACCAAAUCCUAUACCAGAUACGGAAACUGUUCCCAGGGCCAAUAAGCCGUCCAAUUUCAUUAAGAAAAAUAAGGGCAAAAAACAAAAUAGGCUACGUUCAGUGUCCACCACCAAGAUGCCGCAUCGUCAUCCUAAUAUUUAGCUAGUUGCCGAGGUCUUAAUAGUCGCCCUUAGAAGAGGUUACCGAUUCAGCUUCAUCCCCUGCUUUUUAGUCGCAUAAGUUCUAAAGAUUACAUUGGAAGAAGAUAGAAAGAUGGCCGGAGUAGUGGUGGCGCCGGUGGCCGGAGAAGGGAAUACCUGCUGUGUGCAUGCGAGGAAGGGACCCGGCUAUGCCUCUCCGCUUGAGGCGAUGAAGGGGCCUCCUGAGGCCUUGAUCUAUGUCACCUGCGUCUAUAAUGGAACUAACAACCAUGGCAAUGGCAAGCCUGAUUACUUAGCAACAGUGGAUGUCGAUCCUAACUCGCCAACCUACUCUCAAGUUAUCCAUAGACUCUCCGUUCCAAAUAUAGGUGAUGAGCUGCAUCACUCUGGCUGGAAUGCUUGCAGCUCCUGCCAUGGAGACCCAUCUACUCACAGGCGUUUCUUGAUCCUACCUUCAUUGCUGUCUAGCCGCAUUUAUGUUGUCGAUACAGCGACGGAUCCGAGAGCUCCUGCGCUGCAUAAAGUGGUCGAGCCGGAAGAUAUUGUGAAAGAGACUGGACUGGCUUAUCCGCACACCUCCCAUUGCCUUGCAUCUGGUGACAUUAUGGUUUCAUGCCUUGGGGACAAAGAUGGUAAUGCGGCUGGGAACGGUUUCCUUCUAUUGGAUUCAAAUUUCAAUGUAAAAGGAAGGUGGGAGAAACCAGGUCACAGUCCAUUAUUUGGAUAUGAUUUCUGGUAUCAACCUCGACAUAAUACAAUGAUUAGUACGUCGUGGGGAGCUCCGGCGGCUUUCAGUAAAGGAUUUGAUCUAGAACAUGUGGCCAAUGGAUUAUAUGGAAGGCAUCUCCAUGUAUAUGACUGGUCUGGAGCUGAACUGAAGCAGACAUUGGAUCUAGGAGAUGCAGGGCUUCUACCAUUGGAAAUCAGGUUUCUACAUGACCCUUCUAAAGAUACUGGUUUUGUUGGGUGCGCUCUAGCCAGUAAUGUGGUGAGAUUCUUCAGGAAUACAGAUGGUGCAUGGAGUCAUGAGGUGGCGAUAUCAGUGGAAUCACUGAAGGUGAAGAACUGGAUUUUACCAGAGAUGCCAGGACUGAUAACUGAUUUUCUCAUUUCGCUUGAUGAUCGGUACCUUUACUUUGUUAACUGGCUGCAUGGGGAUGUAAGGCAGUAUAACAUUGAGGAACCCGGCAAACCUGUGCUCACUGGGCAGGUUUGGCUUGGAGGAUUGAUUCAGAAAGGAAGUGCUGCAGUAUACAUUUCAGAAGAUGGGACUGAAUCACAAUUUGAUGUGCCUCAAGUUAAGGGAAACCAGCUACGAGGAGGACCACAGAUGAUCCAACUGAGCCUUGAUGGAAAACGACUCUAUGUGACAAACUCUCUCUUCAGUGUGUGGGAUAAGCAGUUCUACCCAGAACUAGUGGAGAAGGGGUCACACAUGCUUCAAAUCGACGUCGAUAUCUACAAGGGAGGGCUGAAACUGAAUCCAAAGUUCUUUGUCGACUUUGGUGCAGAACCUGAUGGCCCUUCCCUUGCCCAUGAGAUGAGGUACCCAGGAGGAGACUGCACGUCUGAUAUAUGGAUAUAAUAUAAGGUUGCUUUGAAGGGUCAAAUCAUGAAAGCUUAUAUUGUUCAUCAAAAUGAUGGCAAGAGAAGAAUAUUGUUGUAAACUUUGAUAAGAAGUCUUAGUCAUUCCCCUUGAGUUGAAGAAUUCAGAUCUUUUUAUGAACAGUCUUUUGCUGAAUAAAAGGAAGUAUCAGCUAAUUUUUUUAAAAUAAAAGUCUGCUGUUCACCAGCAGAUCUUUCUCUGUUUAUUCCUUGGAGAUUUAAUGACUUGCAAG